UUCUACCCCUCCUUUUUGUAUCAUUUCUCUUUCUUUCCAUGAGAGAACCGGUUUACAAUCCAUGCUUACCCUGUUAUUCAGGGUCAAAUAUCAGCACAGCUGUGAGUAUUGCGUAGACCUGUUAAAACAGAGCCGAAGUUCGCGUUCAUGACAUUUUAAGCUUUCAUCGCGAUCUCGGCUCUUGUGCGCAUAACCUCGAACUUUUGAACACCCGGGGAAAUGAGGUUCGAAUUUAGAGAAUUAAUUCCAUCCAACCCAGCUCACCACAAGACGACAAGCAACUGAAAAUAUUCAAACAUCAUGUCUCCCCUCAUCAUGCAAGGCAGUAGCGUUGACAGCACGCUUCACGGAGCAUAUACCGCCUCCCCAACCAAGUACAUGCUCUACGGUCGAGGAUGCAUCACCUCUCUUCCAACCGUUAUCGCCAAUCUCGGUGCGUCAAAAGCGUUCAUCAUCACCGGCAAAUCUCUGCGUGAGAAAACGCCAGUGAUCAGCUCUAUUGAGGCGAUAUUGGGUGAUGCGCAUCAUGCCGGCACGUAUAGCGGGGUACGGGAGCAUGCUCCCGUGGCCGACAUCGAGGCCGCUGUCGCGGCCGUUAGGGAAUCCGGUGCUGACGUGCUGCUCUCCGUCGGUGGCGGGUCGCCCAUCGAUGCUGCCAAAGCUGUCGCAUAUCAUUUGUACAAAGAAAAUGCGAAGGGUGGGCAAGGCAAGGCGGAAGCGAAAUGGAUACCCAGCAUUGCAGUGCCGACCACGCUGAGCGUGGCGGAGACUACGAAGAACGCCGGGUUUACGAGUGCAGAUGGGAGCAAGGUUGCGGUUGCGGACGUGGAGUUGGUGCCGAAGGCUGUGAUAUAUGACGGGGAUAUUGCGCUACAUACACCCCCCCGGCUAUGGCUAAGUUCCGCCAUCCGCGCCCUCGAUCACGCCCUCGAACUCCUCUACAACCCCUCCGCCCCCGAAGUCCCAACGAAACGGCUAGCCCUCUCCUCGCUGACGGACCUCUUCACCCUCCUGCCCCAAUGCCACGCCAAUCCGCAAGAUGCAGAUGUCCGCCAACGCCUCUUCCUCGGUGGCUACGCGGCCCUCUUCCCCUUCCAGUUCUCCGGCCCCUUAGGUCUUAGCCAUGGCAUUGGCCAUGCGAUUGGCUCGGCGUACGGGAUUUCACAUGGGAUUACGUCGUGUAUCAGCUUGGGGAAGGUGAUUAGGUUUAUGGCGGAGAGGGCGAGGGAAGGGGGUGGUGGUGGUGAGAAGACAGGGAUUGGAAAGGUAGGUGAGGCGGUGCAGAUUGCGAGGGCGGUCCCGUUUAUUCCUGGGUUAAGAGGGACGGGCGAUGUAGUCAAGGAUGCACUUUUGGUGGCGGAGGCGGUGGAAGGGUUGGUUGUGAAAUUGGGCUUGGGGACUGGGUUGGCUGAUUAUAACGUCAAGCCUGGUGAGGAAGAGGCUAUCACAAUUCGUGCGUUGCGGGACCCGGCACAUCCUGAUUUGAAAAGCGUUGCGGAGCUGGUUCGCACAAUGUACUCCGCCUCCUCUGAUGCUACUACGCGCCUCUAGGUAUGGUAAGGUGUCCGUUGCGGGUUUGGUACAGCUAUAUGAAGAAUGCCAAAAUUUUCAUACACAACAAUGCCUCUCAGUUGCUGCGUUAGUUAUUCCAUACGCAAUUCAAUACGCAAUUCAAAUAGGGGUAUCUAAAUGCAUCUCUCCAUCUAUAAUAUAUCGACAACCCCCUUUAAUCCAUUUUCAUCCACCGCCAUCUACCCAUACAACAACUCCCCAACCCUCUCCCCAAUCGCCAACGCACUCGUCAGCCCAGGACUCUCAAUCCCCAACAGAUUCACAAACCCCUCAAACCCUUCCUCCUCCCUAAUCACAAAAUCCCUAAACGCACCCUUAUCCUCCCCUUCCUUCCCCGCCAACUUCGGCCUCACUCCGCAGUAAUCCAACCCAAUCGCCUCCGGCCGUACACCGGGCAAAUACUCACGAAUUUCCCUCACAGCCUCUUCGAGCCUACCCACGUUCGGCACCAGAUCCUCCGGGCCAUCAACCCACUCCACAUCCGGACCGAACCGUACCUGGCCCGUCAUAUCCAGCGUAAGAUGCGUACCCAACCCUCCCAGCCCCGACUUGGGCGCCGGGUAGAGCAGGGUGCGCGGCUUGGGGCUCGAUGCGGCGUAGGAGAAAUACGUCCCCUUCGCGUAGGCAGGGUGGACAUGGCGGGCGGGCGGGAGGAGCAUAUUCGAGAUAGCGCAGGCGUUAUGGCCGGCGGCAUUGAUGACCGUCUCGGCCGUAAUCGUAGUCUCUUCUUCCCCGUCCGCUCCCUCCACCCAGCCCGCUACCUCAGCUUCUCUCCCCGGCCCAGCCGGGCGCGUAUAUAUCCUAUACCCCCCACCAGGCCCCAUCUUCUCCACCCCGCUCACAGCCGUUAACAAUGCAACAUCGCCCCCGCCCUCCUCAAACUCCCCAUGCAAACGCGCCAUAAGCGCAUGGCUGUCCACAAUGCCCGUGCUGGGACUCUCCAACACGCCCGCCCGCGCCCUCACAUCCGGCUCCCGCCUCGCCAUCUCCGCCGUUCCCAAAAACCGCGUCGGGACCCCCAGCCGCUCCGCAUGCUCAUGCAGGCGCUGCAGGCGCUCCCGCUGCUCCGCGUCCUGCGCCAGGAUCCACUUCGGCGUGCGCUUGUGGGGGAUGUUGUGCGAGGGGCUGGCGCAGAGGCUGUAGAGGAGGUGUUUGCCGCGGAUGCAGAGUUGGGUUUUCAGCGAGGCGGGCGGGUAGUAGAGGCCUGCGUGGAUGACUUCUGAGUUUCGGCUGGUUGUUUCUGUGCCGAGGGCGGGGUGGCGUUCGAGGAGGAUUGUGGUUGUGUUUGGGCGGGUGAGGGCGAGGUGGCGGGCGAUGGAGAGGCCGAUUAUGCCGCCGCCGAUUACCUGUUUAUUGUUACUUGAGUUAGGGCGGUUUUGUGAUUGCGGUUGGGAUUUAUGGCUGUUUGAUGAUGGUGAUGAUGAUGAUGAUGAUGAUGAUGAUGAUGAUGAUGAUGAUGGGUGCUGACCGCGUGUGUGAAAUCAGUAUUGGUAGCUGUGCUCGUCGAGAAUGAUCUUGCCCGUUUCCACUUAUUUUUUUGUGUAUGCCUGCUUGCAUUCGUCCUUGUGGGUGCGAGUGCACGGGGGAGCAUUGAGGGUAGAUAGACUGCCAAAAAAUAAUAAUAUCGGAUGAUAUGACUAUCAGGAGUCGUCGGGUGUAUAAUGAAGGACAAAUGGAAAUGUGACAAGUGUCAAUCUCGUCCCCUUGUGUGUUGGUUACUUGUUGAAGUUUCCUUCUUUUGUAGAGAAGUAGGAAAGGGGGGAUGGGGGGAUGAUGGGUGGGGAGUGCGUUUGCGUUAUACACGGUACGGUACGGGAUGGGGAUGGGGCCGAUGGAAUGAGCCGAGAAGUUCGGCAAUGCGCCCAGCCCAAUUUGGUUUAGUUUUCGGCAUCGGCAUCUUCUGCAUCGGGAAAUUUGAGGCACGCGCCCCUAACAAGACGGAGGGAAAAGUACGAAGAUAAAGAAAAAAGUCACUAUUCUAUUAUGUAUUCUGUGGUUGUCUAUAUCUCUAUGUCCUCAUCCGCACUGAGUCAUUCUAUAGUUGGCUUAACAUGUCCCAUACCGUAAAACAAAUUGCCCUAGAUAUACAGUAAAGAAACGCGAUAGAGGUGAAAAAAGAAGCAAGAAACAGGAACAUAGGAUAAAUAAAAGUACACACCCUAUUUAUUAUCAUGGGAUAUAUUAGAAAGAAAGAAAUGGAAAGAAAAAUAA